CAUAUAUACUGACUUCUUAGCACAGAAGUGUGUAUUCGCUCUCCUUAUCACGAUGUCGUCCUCAAUCUCCGACCUCUUAGCUUCGAAAACACUUGAUUUAGAACCAUACGAGCAAUUGUACAAGCACUAUCACUCACAUCCUGAAUUGUCCAAUCAGGAGAAGGAGACUGCAGCAACCACAGCAAAGCACCUCUCCAAACUCGCGGAUUUCAAGAUCACGACAGGCAUUGGCGGCCAUGGAUUCGCAGGCGUUCUGCACAACGGCUCCGGCCCGACUGUUCUCCUUCGCGCCGACAUGGAUGCUCUACCUGUCAAGGAGCUAACAAAUCUACCUUACGCCUCUACCGUAACGCAGGUUAGCGAGCGCACUGGCGAGGAAUCUCCUGUGAUGCACGCCUGUGGUCAUGACAUGCACAUCACCUGUCUACUGGCUGCCGCCGAACAUCUCUAUGCGCUGCGUUCAUCGUGGUCAGGUACGCUGGUCGUCCUCUUCCAGCCAGCCGAGGAGCGCGGCACUGGGGCGCAAGCAAUGGUGGACGACGGCCUUUAUGACAAGGAAAAGCACAAUAUCCCAGUGCCUGACUAUGUCCUAGGCCAGCACGUGAUGGCCCUACCAGCAGGCAAGAUCGGCAGCAGAGUAGGCACCAUCAUGGCUGCCGCAGACAGUUUCAAAGUGACUGUCUUCGGCCGCGGCGGCCACGGCAGCAUGCCGCACCGGACCAUCGAUCCCGUUAUGAUGGCCUCGAACAUUGUGGUCCGAUUGCAGAACAUUGUAAGCAGGGAGACAGACCCCAGCGACAUGGCCGUAGUAACUGUCGGAUACCUGCGCGGCGGCCACACGGAGAACAUCAUCGUUGACCACGCCGAGCUCGGCAUCGACAUCCGAACCAUCAACACGGCGACGCGCGAGAGGGUUAUUGCGUCGCUGAAGCGCAUCGUUCACGCGGAGUACAUUGCGUCCGGCGCGGAAAAGGAGCCCACGAUCGAGGAAACGCGGUUCUUCCCGCAGACGUACAACGACGAGGACAUGGAGGGUAAGCUUGCGGGGAGCUUUGGAGAAUUCUUUGGCGAGGCGUUCGAUCCGCAGAUUGCACGGACGAAUGCGAGCGAAGAUGUAUCGAUCCUCGCGAGCAGCCAGGGGAAGCCAAGCUUGUUUUGGUUCUUUGGUGGAACGGAGCCGGAGUUUUAUGCGCAGAAGGAGAGGGAGGGGCGGCUGAUUGAGGAUAUUCCGCAAAACCAUUCGAGUGGGUUUGCGCCGGUGAUUCAGCCGACGUUGAAGAUUGGCGUUGAUGCGCUCUGUGUGGCUGCGUUGACUUUUCUCACGAGGAAGUAGUCACCGUGGGUGACAGUAAGCCCUGGACUUUGUGGCCCUGGAAUGUCGGGAUCGACUAUCAGAUAACACUUUUGUGACCGUUUUAUAUAGUGAGUUCCUACAGGACCAGGUGUGCUAGACUCCAGUUUUGGGGACUGUAAAGGAGCUGGACGACGUGACGAUGACAAAUUUUGUAUGUACUACUUUACUCAUAUAUCGACAUUACAAUAAGACAGGCCAAUGCACC